ACACGCCCCAUGCUUUCACUCCAAAGUCAGGUUAUACCAUCAGGCGAGCCUGGACUUUUCUCCAGUGCUAAAAUUCUGUAGUCCCCCACAACCCCGCCUCUGGAGCAUUAAGAGCCCAUGAGACCCCAUUAUUUCAUGGUCGUCCUCUUUUCCUGCUGCACAAUACCCUCGAGCCAACGCAAUGGCCAUCGCAGGCGAGCUCAAGCCGACCGACACCGAAAAGGUGGUGCUUGAAGCAUGGUCCCAAGGCUUCAUGAUAGGUGCUUUGGUAAUCAUGUGUGGUAUCACACUUGCGAACAUGAGAAGGAAAGUUCUUCUUCACAGGCUCAUUUUGAUUGAGCUAGUACUGGCUGUGCCAAAUGGUUUCUUUAUGUUUUUUGAGCCUCCGGCAUGGGGUUGGUUUCUCUCUUCGACCGUGGUGCCGCUCAUCGCGUCGUGGACACUGCACAAUUUCAUCGCAUGGAUGAAGAACAAGCCGUUUCUAGGACGCCGAGGCAAUUUCAUCUAUCUCAGCAGUAUCCUGCUCGCCCAGCCGUACUGGGUGCUGGAGAUAUAUGCGAAUUUUGCUUACUUCAACGGGAUCAACAGUCGCCUAUUUAUUGCCACGCGACCAUAUGAAGCUGCAUUCCGCGAUCCAUGGUGGAUAUUCACCAUUGGUAAUCUCUUCUGGAACAUCAAAUUCCAGUAUGAGCUGGGCUUCAUGGAGAUCGUCCAGGCAUCGCCUCGCUUUGGCAUUCUACUUGGCUGCAUGUGCCUGAGUGUUGUCUUCAUCAUCGUCGACCUUCUAUCGGUUACCCCUGUGAUUCCAAUUGGUGUCGUCAAUCCAUUCUGGAAGUUCGCAUUUGUGUUCAAGUGCUUCACUGACAGCAUCAUUCUCGACGACUUCAAGACUGCGUUGGACAAGCUGCAGCAACGUAGGAUUAGUCACAUCCUUCCUUUCAGUGUUUUAGAGGAAGCGACUUCAUGCGGCUUCAAUGAGAGUCGACCAGGACACAGCUUCUACGGGAAAACGGGGCGGUGCCAGGAUGGACCUUCAGUUGUGCGCAUUGAGGCAGUCGGCGGGCAUGAUCACAUUGCAUUGUCGGACGUAGGCGGUCUUUGCACACCAUCUCCAGUUGUAAUGAGCCAUAAAGAAAUACAUCGAAAGUAAUAUAGCGUGACGCAUAACAUGGUCUUUUGCAUUGAGCGUGCUAAUCGACCUGAUCACCUGGUUGACACCAGGUCUCCGAGGAAUCUCGGGUUUUCUGGGAUCUGAUUCGGC